AAGUAUUUGUUUUGGGGAAGAAGAACAACAGUUUCGUAGUCACAUAAAUGAUCAGGUGCUCCGAAUGAUGUGCGCUGUGUAUGUGUCCCGUAUUAUCAGAUAUUAAAUAACCAUUAUUUAUUUGAGUGCUUUAUCGUUAUUGCAUUUCCAUGUGAAAUCAUAAGCUUAUUGUUGUCUGGAAUAUAUUGCAUAAAGCUUAAAGGGGUGCGCUGAAUGCGCUGUGCUAAAGAACAUUAUUGUGCAAGGUGGUUAAGUGAUGUUGUAGUGGACUGUAUGGCCCUGAGCUUCGUUAAGUACCUGCUGAAAGGUGGACUGCCGAAUCAGAAUCUUUACUCUCCGGGAGUUGUAACACAAGUUAUUUUAAUCACUUGUUUGACACACCGGGACCCAACUCCGGAAAGACUCAGGGUUAAAGUUCAUGCAAAGAAUUGUCCCAGGUCUUUUCUCCAAGGCCUACACAUACGUUUUACACUCCCGGAUAAUGUGACCAUGGAUGAAGAUGGUAAAGAAACCAACAGUGAGCCGAAGAUGAACGCGGGUCCCAAGAGUAGAACGGGGAGCCUGCGUGGCGUGAAAGCCCCGUUCUCCCAAUACAGAAUCAGCCCCAAGCAGAAGCAUCAAAUCAAGGGUAUGCUUCAAAAUUGGGUGAUCAAACCCCCAAUGCCUCACGGUAGGGCCGAAGCGCAAGACGUGGACGUGGAUUCCCACCAGCGCUCGACUGCGGCUGAACGUGUGGACGCUGAAGAAGAGGGAGCCCCCGCCCACGACGACGCCAUGGACUGUGGGGAGGACACCCAGCCGCUGACCCCCCAGAGCCUGGAGACGGACAUCGCCGCCGCCGCCUCGUCCUCCUCCGAGGCCCCGCGGCGUCCGUCGAAAACGGAGGCCGAGGGAGGAAGCUGGAGAGGAAAGCCCAAAAUAACGGACUUCUUCGCGGCGACGCCGUCCCCAGGCGUUCCUCCCAGGAGGGGGAGGCAGCAGAGCGGCGAGGUGUCCCCGGAGCAGGACGACGGCUCUGCUCCAGAGGACGAGCCGGACGUCACCUGGCUCGGGACGCCCAUCGGCGAGCUGAGGAGGAUGCCUGAGUGUGGCGGGCGUCUUCCCCGACUGAGGCCCUGCCCCGUCCAGCACACCGUCAUGAUCAGGACGGAUCUCCUCCAGAGGGGGAAGGCUCCCGUCCCCUACCCGUCCACCUUCAUGGAUGUCUGGGACGACGUCCAUGUGAAGAUGCCUUGCUCAAAGACAAACCUGUUUCCUGUAGUGAAUGAGGAAACACGAGUACUGCAGAGUCGAUGGGGGCUGAUCCAGGAGACACUGAGGCGGAGGUUCACCAGCUCCCAGGAUCUGAAGAAAUCUAUAUUGAAAUAUAAUGCUGCACCUGCCAAGAAGUGGGACUUCACAGCAUGGCAUUCAUACUGCACCAAGGUCCUGGAGCCGGAUGCUGCUCAACAUCUGCUGGGCUCCCUGCUGCCAGACAUGGUUCAAUUAGCACUGCGAGCGUCAGAGCUGUGCACCAAGCCCAUCCCGCUGCUGAAGGAGGGGGAGGAGCACUCGGUCACCAUGUCCCAGGAGCAGGUGGCGUGCCUGCUGGCCAACGCCUUCUUCUGCACCUUUCCCCGACGCAACUCACGGAAGUCCGAGUACAGCAACUACCCCGACAUCAACUUCUACAGGUUGUUUGAAGGGGCUUCUCCUAAGAAGAUUGAAAAGCUAAAGACUUUGAUGUGCUAUUUCCAAAGCGUCACUGAGAAUAUGCCGACCGGACUCGUUACAUUCACACGGAAACUACUGGACUCGCCUCCGGACUGGAACAGCUCUGAGAGCCCGCUCACCCGGCUCCACGUCACGUGUGAAGGCACCAUCGAGGAGGACGGCUACGGCAUGCUGCAGGUGGAUUUCGCCAACAAGUCUGUGGGCGGGGGUGUGACCAGCUCCGGCCUGGUGCAGGAGGAGAUCCGCUUCCUCAUCAACCCGGAGCUCAUCGCCUCCCGGCUCUUCACCGAGGCCCUGGGCCACGACGAGUGUCUGAUCAUCACAGGCUCCGAGCAGUUCAGCACGUACACGGGCUACGCCCAGAGCUACAGGUGGUCUGGAGCCCUUCAGGACUCCCUCCCCAGGGACGCCUGGCACAGGAGGUGCACUGAGAUCGUGGCCAUCGACGCGCUGCAGUUCCGGAGCUUCCUCGAUCAGUUCCAUCCGAGCAAAAUGGACCGGGAGCUGAACAAGGCCUUCUGUGGCUUCGCCCGGCCGGGGGAGAAGAGCGAGUGCCUGUCCGCCGUGGCCACGGGGAACUGGGGGUGCGGCGUCUUCGGGGGAGACACCCGACUCAAAGCUCUGCUCCAGUUGUUGGCCGCUGCCGAGGCGGGGCGGGACCUGGCCUACUUCACCUUCAGGGACGUGAGGCUGAUGACGGACGUCCACAACAUGCACACCUUCCUCACCGAGAGGAGGAGCUGCGUGGGCGAGGUGUACGGGCUGCUGCUGCAGUACUACCGCUCCGAGUGCACAGCCUGCCGGGGCCCGCGUCCUGACGUCAGCCUCUACGCCUUCAUCUACCAGCGCCUGGGCUCCUCCAGCCCCUCCCCCUCCCCCUCCCCCUCCCCCUCCCCUUCCUCUCCCCCACCACCACGGUCGCCAGACUCGUCCCACUAGGACACCCCCCCCCUC